UUUAGGUCCGUGGUGUUACUUAAUGUUGCUCAGUAUGAUUAUUUAGUUCAAUCAUGUUCAACGAAAGCAUCGUCUUGAUUCGUUUAUCUUCAAGUAUGUUAAGUUACAAAGCGUUGAUGCGUUAAUCUAAUGGUUAUGUUUAAUUCCACAUAAAACUGAGUACAUUUUUUAGAAUUUUCACUCCAACAUGUCGAUUCCACCGUACUUGUUGGGUCCAAAUCCAUGGGCCACCAUGAUGGCCCAACAACAGGCCCAUGCCCAACUAGCAGCGGCUCAAGCUCAUGCUCAGGCAGCUGCCCAUGCACAAGCUGCACACCAUGCUCAUAUGCAAGCUAUAGCAGGGCCACCAUUACCACAAAUGCCUAAACAACCUGAAGUUUUAUCCGAGGAUAAACUUCAAGAGAAAGCUCAAAAAUGGCAACAACUUCAAUCAAAAAGAUUUGCAGAGAAAAGAAAAUUUGGCUUUGUAGAUGCUCAGAAAGAGGACAUGCCACCGGAACAUAUUAGAAAAAUUAUCAGAGACCAUGGUGAUAUGAGCAGUCGCAAGUAUAGACACGAUAAACGUGUUUAUUUAGGAGCACUGAAAUAUAUGCCCCAUGCAGUAAUGAAACUUCUGGAAAAUAUGCCAAUGCCUUGGGAACAGAUUCGAGAUGUAAAGGUUUUAUACCACAUCACGGGUGCAAUUACAUUUGUAAAUGAAAUUCCAUGGGUUAUAGAACCUGUAUAUAUUGCUCAAUGGGGUACAAUGUGGAUUAUGAUGAGAAGAGAGAAAAGAGAUCGCAGACACUUUAAAAGAAUGAGAUUUCCACCGUUUGAUGACGAGGAACCACCGUUAGAUUACGCGGAUAACGUUUUAGAUGUAGAACCUUUGGAAGCCAUUCAGAUAGAACUUGAUUCUGAGGAAGAUGAAUCUGUAGCAUCUUGGUUUUACGAACACAAACCACUAGUCGGUACUAAGCACGUGAAUGGAUCCACCUAUAGAAGGUGGAAUUUGACUCUACCACAAAUGGCGACUUUGUACCGUUUGGCAAAUCAAUUAUUGACAGACUUAGUGGAUCAAAACUUUUUUUAUCUUUUUGAUCCAAAAUCAUUUUUUACUGCUAAAGCAUUAAAUAUGGCUAUACCCGGUGGUCCAAAAUUUGAACCGCUAGUGAAGGAUUCAAACGCAGCCGACGAAGAUUGGAACGAAUUUAACGAUAUAAAUAAAAUUAUAAUCAGACAACCUAUCAGAACAGAAUAUCGCAUCGCUUUUCCUUACCUGUAUAACAAUAUGCCGCAUUUUGUUCAUUUAUCUUGGUAUCAUGCACCAAAUGUCGUUUACAUAAAAACCGAAGAUCCCGAUUUACCUGCAUUUUAUUUCGAUCCUCUGAUAAAUCCUAUCUCUCAUAGGAAUUCAUUGAAGACUGUAGAACCACAAAUCGAAGACGACGAAGAUUUUAUACUUCCCGAAGAAGUACAACCAUUCCUUCAAGAAACUCCUUUGUAUACUGAUAACACGGCAAACGGUAUAGCUUUGCUAUGGGCACCAAGGCCGUUUAAUACUCGUUCCGGCAGAACUAGAAGAGCUAUUGACAUUCCUUUGGUGAAGUCUUGGUAUAGAGAGCAUUGCCCACCAGGACAACCUGUUAAAGUUCGUGUUAGUUAUCAAAAGCUGUUAAAGUACUUCGUUUUGAAUGCUUUGAAGCACAGACCUCCGAAACCACAAAAGAAACGUUACUUAUUCCGAUCGUUCAAAUCAACAAAAUUCUUCCAAACCACCACAAUAGAUUGGGUCGAGGCUGGUCUGCAAGUAUGCAGACAAGGAUACAAUAUGUUGAAUUUACUUAUCCACAGGAAGAAUUUGAACUAUCUCCAUUUAGAUUACAAUUUCAAUUUGAAACCGGUUAAAACGCUCACCACCAAGGAGAGAAAGAAAUCUAGAUUCGGGAAUGCUUUUCACUUGUGCCGUGAAAUCCUCCGUUUAACAAAAUUGAUCAUCGACUCUCACGUGCAGUAUCGUUUAAAUAACGUUGACGCGUUUCAACUUGCGGAUGGAUUGCAGUACAUUUUCGCGCAUGUCGGCCAAUUGACUGGAAUGUAUCGAUAUAAGUAUAAAUUAAUGAGACAAAUCAGAAUGUGCAAAGACUUGAAACAUUUGAUUUAUUAUCGUUUCAAUACGGGUCCUGUCGGGAAAGGCCCUGGUUGUGGAUUUUGGGCUCCCGGUUGGAGAGUAUGGCUAUUUUUCAUGAGAGGAAUCACACCGUUGUUAGAAAGAUGGUUAGGAAACUUGUUGUCCAGGCAAUUCGAAGGUCGACACUCAAAGGGAGUCGCGAAAACCGUAACGAAACAACGAGUGGAAUCUCACUUUGACCUUGAAUUGAGAGCGUCAGUGAUGCACGAUAUCGUGGACAUGAUGCCGGAGGGAAUCAAGCAAAAUAAAGCUCGAACGAUACUUCAACAUCUUAGCGAAGCAUGGAGAUGUUGGAAAGCCAAUAUUCCUUGGAAGGUACCCGGCUUGCCAAUCCCCAUCGAAAAUAUGAUCCUGCGUUACGUCAAAAUGAAGGCGGAUUGGUGGACGAACACCGCUCAUUACAAUCGAGAACGUAUCAGGCGCGGAGCAACCGUGGAUAAAACUGUUUGUAAAAAGAAUCUAGGGCGUCUUACUCGACUCUAUCUUAAAGCCGAACAGGAGCGUCAGCAUAAUUAUUUGAAGGAUGGACCAUACAUUUCCCCAGAGGAAGCAGUAGCUAUAUACACCACGACUGUCCAUUGGUUAGAGUCCAGGAGGUUUGCCCCUAUACCAUUUCCACCAUUAUCUUACAAACACGAUACCAAACUGUUGAUAUUAGCUUUGGAACGUUUGAAGGAAGCGUACAGCGUCAAGUCAAGAUUGAAUCAAAGCCAACGCGAGGAACUUGGUUUGAUAGAACAAGCGUACGAUAAUCCGCACGAAGCAUUGUCUAGAAUUAAACGACACCUUCUGACUCAAAGAGCAUUUAAAGAGGUGGGGAUAGAAUUUAUGGAUCUUUACAGUCACCUGAUUCCCGUUUAUGAUGUCGAACCGCUUGAGAAAAUUACAGAUGCUUAUUUGGAUCAAUACCUGUGGUACGAAGCGGACAAACGAAGGUUGUUUCCGCCAUGGGUAAAACCUUCGGACACAGAGCCACCCCCUUUGUUAGUUUAUAAAUGGUGUCAAGGUAUUAAUAAUUUGCAAGAUGUUUGGGACGUCAGCGAGGGAGAGUGUAACGUGUUAUUGGAAUCGAAGUUUGAGAAACUGUAUGAAAAAAUUGAUCUAACGUUGCUGAACAGGCUUCUCAGAUUGAUCGUUGAUCAUAACAUAGCCGAUUAUAUGACUGCAAAAAAUAACGUCGUUAUAAAUUACAAGGACAUGAACCACACGAACAGUUACGGGAUAAUCAGGGGGCUACAAUUCGCAUCGUUUAUAGCGCAAUAUUACGGUCUCGUGUUAGACUUGCUCGUUCUUGGGUUACAAAGAGCUAGCGAAAUGGCCGGCCCCCCUCAAAUGCCGAACGAUUUCUUGACUUUCCAAGACGUGGCUUCCGAAACGGCGCAUCCUAUCAGAUUGUAUUGCAGAUACGUAGAUAGGAUACAUUUAUUUUUGAGAUUUUCUGCCGACGAAGCUAGAGAUUUAAUUCAAAGAUAUUUGACCGAGCAUCCGGACCCCAAUAAUGAAAAUAUCGUCGGUUAUAAUAAUAAAAAAUGUUGGCCUCGCGAUGCUCGAAUGCGACUUAUGAAGCACGAUGUGAAUUUGGGCCGUGCAGUAUUUUGGGAUAUCAAAAACCGUCUGCCCCGUUCUACGACUACGAUACAAUGGGAAAAUAGUUUUGUCAGCGUCUACAGCAAAGAUAAUCCUAACUUGCUGUUCAACAUGAGCGGGUUCGAGUGCAGAAUUCUGCCGAAAUGCAGAACCACGCACGAAGAAUUCACGCACAGGGACGGCGUGUGGAAUUUGCAAAAUGAAAUUACAAAGGAAAGAACAGCUCAGUGUUUCUUGAGAGUCGACGACGAAAGUUUACAACGGUUCCACAACAGGGUUAGACAAAUUCUCAUGGCUUCCGGUUCUACGACAUUCACCAAGAUCGUUAACAAAUGGAAUACAGCUUUGAUCGGGCUGAUGACAUAUUUCCGCGAAGCAGUUGUAAACACGCAAGAAUUAUUAGAUCUAUUGGUCAAGUGUGAAAAUAAAAUCCAAACGCGUAUUAAGAUCGGGCUAAAUUCGAAAAUGCCGUCACGAUUCCCGCCGGUGGUGUUUUACACGCCCAAAGAACUGGGUGGACUUGGAAUGCUUUCGAUGGGGCACGUACUCAUACCUCAGUCGGACUUGAGAUGGUCGAAACAAACCGACGUUGGUAUCACGCAUUUCCGUUCUGGUAUGAGUCACGACGAGGAUCAACUGAUUCCAAAUUUAUAUCGAUAUAUUCAGCCGUGGGAAUCGGAAUUUAUCGAUUCGCAACGUGUAUGGGCCGAAUACGCGUUGAAGCGUCAAGAAGCUAAUGCACAAAAUCGUAGGCUCACUUUGGAAGAUCUCGAAGACAGUUGGGAUCGUGGUAUUCCUAGAAUAAACACACUAUUCCAAAAAGACAGACACACUCUCGCCUAUGACAAGGGUUGGAGAAUACGCACAGAAUUUAAGCAGUAUCAGGUCUUGAAACAAAAUCCAUUCUGGUGGACGCAUCAACGUCACGAUGGUAAAUUAUGGAACUUGAACAACUAUAGAACAGACAUGAUUCAAGCUCUUGGUGGUGUAGAAGGCAUUCUGGAGCAUACUCUUUUCAAAGGGACAUACUUUCCAACUUGGGAAGGUCUUUUCUGGGAGAAAGCAUCUGGAUUCGAAGAAUCUAUGAAAUACAAAAAGUUAACUAACGCUCAAAGGUCGGGUUUGAAUCAAAUUCCAAAUCGGCGGUUUACGCUUUGGUGGUCUCCAACUAUUAAUAGAGCAAACGUAUACGUUGGUUUCCAGGUACAACUGGAUUUGACAGGAAUAUUUAUGCAUGGCAAAAUUCCGACCCUAAAGAUUUCUUUGAUUCAAAUCUUCCGUGCGCAUUUAUGGCAAAAGGUGCACGAAUCGAUCGUGAUGGAUCUUUGCCAAGUUUUCGAUCAAGAAUUGGACGCGCUAGAAAUUGAAACUGUCCAAAAGGAGACGAUACAUCCUAGAAAAUCGUACAAAAUGAAUUCCUCUUGUGCGGAUAUUUUGUUGUUCUCUGCUUAUAAGUGGAACGUUUCUAGACCGUCCUUGCUUGCGGAUUCGAAAGAUCUCAUGGAUAACACUACAACGCAAAAAUAUUGGAUAGACGUACAACUUCGAUGGGGAGAUUACGAUUCUCAUGACAUCGAAAGAUACGCCAGAGCUAAAUUCUUGGAUUACACAACCGACAAUAUGUCCAUCUAUCCAUCACCAACUGGAUUACUAAUUGCAAUUGAUUUGGCAUAUAAUUUACAUAGUGCAUACGGCAAUUGGUUCCCAGGAUGUAAGCCUCUCAUACAGCAGGCAAUGGCGAAGAUAAUGAAGGCAAAUCCGGCUUUAUAUGUGUUGCGAGAACGCAUUAGAAAAGCGUUGCAACUUUAUUCGUCGGAGCCUACGGAACCGUACCUAUCUUCACAGAAUUACGGCGAACUAUUUUCGAAUCAAAUUAUCUGGUUCGUCGACGAUACCAAUGUUUACCGUGUUACAAUCCAUAAAACGUUCGAGGGCAAUUUAACCACGAAACCUAUAAAUGGAGCUAUUUUUAUUUUUAAUCCUCGAACCGGCCAACUAUUUUUAAAAAUCAUUCACACUUCUGUUUGGGCUGGUCAAAAGCGUUUGGGUCAGUUGGCGAAAUGGAAAACCGCCGAAGAGGUGGCUGCGCUUAUUCGAUCUUUACCAGUCGAAGAGCAACCUAAACAAAUUAUUGUAACUAGGAAGGGAAUGUUAGAUCCUUUGGAAGUACAUUUACUUGAUUUUCCUAAUAUCGUUAUCAAGGGAUCGGAGCUUCAGUUACCGUUUCAAGCUUGCUUGAAAGUUGAGAAAUUUGGCGACUUAAUUUUGAAAGCAACUGAACCCCAAAUGGUGUUGUUCAAUUUGUAUGACGAUUGGUUGAAAACCAUUUCUUCGUAUACGGCAUUCUCGCGUUUAAUUCUUAUUCUUCGCGCGUUACACGUCAAUACUGAAAGAACAAAAGUUGUCUUAAAACCUGAUAAGACAACCAUAACGGAACCUCAUCAUAUAUGGCCAUCUUUGACGGAUGAUGAAUGGAUUAAAGUCGAAGUACAGCUAAAAGAUCUUAUACUAGCCGAUUACGGUAAAAAGAACAAUGUAAAUGUCGCGUCGUUAACUCAAUCGGAGAUCCGAGAUAUCAUUCUGGGUAUGGAAAUUAGUGCACCGUCCGCUCAACGUCAACAAAUCGCUGAAAUAGAAAAGCAAACGAAGGAACAGUCACAGCUUACAGCGACGACCACCAGGACGGUUAACAAACACGGCGAUGAAAUUAUUACUGCAACAACUUCCAAUUAUGAAACGCAAACGUUCAGUUCUAAAACCGAGUGGCGGGUGAGAGCGAUUUCAGCAACAAAUUUGCAUCUCAGAACAAACCAUAUUUACGUGUCGUCCGAUGACAUAAAAGAGACCGGUUAUACUUACAUAUUGCCAAAGAACGUUCUCAAGAAAUUCGUUACCAUUUCCGACUUACGUGCCCAGAUUGCGGGAUAUUUAUAUGGUAUUAGCCCACCGGACAAUCCUCAAGUUAAGGAAAUCAGAUGCAUAGUUAUGGCUCCGCAAUGGGGAACGCAUCAAACUGUUCAUUUGCCUAACACACUUCCGAAUCAUCAAUAUCUCAAAGAAAUGGAGCCUCUUGGUUGGAUACAUACUCAACCUAAUGAAUUGCCGCAAUUAUCACCACAGGACAUAUCUACACACGCGCGGGUAAUGGCGGAGAAUCCUAUCUGGGAUGGAGAAAAGACUAUUGUCAUUACUUGCAGUUUCACGCCAGGAUCUUGUUCACUCACAGCCUAUAAGUUGACACCAAGUGGUUUCGAAUGGGGGAAACAAAAUACCGACAAAGGAAACAACCCUAAAGGUUAUUUACCGAGUCAUUACGAAAAAGUGCAAAUGCUGUUGUCCGAUCGUUUUCUCGGGUUCUUUAUGGUCCCAAGUCAAGGAUCUUGGAAUUAUAAUUUUAUGGGCGUAAGACACGAUCCGAAUAUGAAAUAUGAACUUCAGUUGGCAAACCCGAAAGAAUUUUAUCACGAGAUUCAUCGACCUGCCCACUUCUUAAACUUUUCGAGUUUGGAGGAUGGCGACGGUGUCGGAGCUGACCGAGAAGAUGUAUAUGCUUGAAGAAUACAAGCAGAGAGAAAUGAAAAGAAAUCGAUAAAUCUGUAUUUUAACACUUUCAUAAGAUUCCAAUAAGACUAAUUCACUUCGAAGGUUAGUUAUAGCAUAAUCCAACAAUGUUUAAUCGAAGAUCGAAACUUUGUUUUCAAAUAUGAAAUAUUUGCACUUGUAUAUACACGAACUGAGAACACGCAACUUACCGAACGUUGUAAAAGAUGUUUCUUAAGAAAUUGACAAGCGUAUGAAUCGAGAUUGCUUCGUGAUACAAUAUGUUUAGUGAUUUUUUUGCCUUCGAGGAACAUACGUAUCUGGUUCGAGGAACAUACUUUGCACACGUGUAGCGUGAUUAUAUCUCGGUAUAAUCAUAUGCUUGAAAUUUUUCGGUAAGUCGCGUAUCUGUAAUGUUUAGUUAACAGGUUGAUUAGUAUUAUGUUAGGCGUAAACUUCGUGUUUGUACUAUACUUUAAUAUCAUUUUAGAAUAAAAAAUACAUAAUUUAUACACAUACGUAUUAUAAGGGAAAUGUACAAAAUUUUCACACAUUUGACCUCGUAAGAAUAGCAAAUAACAUACACAUUAAAAUACAUUCG